AUGGGACAACUCUCACUCGAAAAGACCUUCCUGCUGGCGACGUUCAUCGAGAGUAUGAUUGUGAUCUCUGCCUUCAUGUUUUUUAUGGCGACCUUCCAUUUGUCUAUGAACGGAUAUCGACUUCUUCGUGGAUAUGCAGAUAAUCGACUAUCGCCUGGAGGUCCUGUUGGUUAUAUCGGAAACCUAAAGCUCUGGGAUCACAUCCUGAAAGAUACGAUCUAUGCAACACAGGAAAAUCUAGGCAGCGCUGCCGCGAUCUACCGUGCAUGGGUUUUGUGGAACUUCGACUACCGGGUCAUAUUGCUUCCCGUCGUUCUACUUCUGGUUAACAUCGGUACGCAUAACGGUUCUGCUUUCUUCGAAUGUGCAAUGUUGUUUACUUUGCAACUAGGUGCCGGCUAUGUUGUAUGCGGAACUUAUUCAUCGGUUGACCCUACUGCAACGGUCUUCCUUCCACGUCUCACUCAGUGGAUUAAAACGUUCUAUUCCGUUGCAGUUGUCCUCAACAUUAUUACCACGGCUUUGAUGGGUUGGCGAAUUUAUAUCACACAUAAACGAUCUGCAAAUUACAACGUUGGACAAGGACGGCUGCUCUCUAUUUUGCGAAUCUUGGUGGAGUCGGCCGCUCUACAGCUCAUAAUAGAAAUUGUGCUCCUGGCACUGUACUGCAGCAAUAUCGAUGCUCAGUACAUUUUGUUGGAGUCGGCUAUCACAUUUAAUUCCAUCACUGUCCGUAUCAAGUUACAAUCGGCAGCGGAGAACAUGAAGACAAUGCAAACCUCGAAUGGUCAUACUCAUAACCCAGUGCAAACGAUAGGCAGCAUUCCCAUGAAGCGAAUUCAUGUCAACAUCGACCGAGAAGUGGAUGAUGAUGGUGGAUAUGGGAGCAGCGUUUUCAAAGAUAAGCCAUAA